AUGCCGAGCUGGAGCACUUCCUGGUCGUACGCAGACAUACUCGCCCACCCUCGUCUCUCCUUUCCCCCUCCGCCCAAGAUGUCGUCCGUCAGCGCCUCGACGGCGAAUUCGUCGACGUCGUCGACGUUCGUGACGUCUUUGGUCUUCAACGCGGCGAUUUUCGCUGCGGAAAUCCUCGCGUACACCAUCCUCAGGCGAUACUUCAAGCUCAUCUACGAGCCGCGCUCGCUCUCUGUGCUUGACUAUAAGCGCCAGAAACCUCUCUCUUCCCACAUCCUCGGGUGGCCCAUCUCACUAUGGAAAGCGGACUACCGCGAUAUCAAGAACAUCAAUGGACUCGACGCUUACUUCUUUGUGCGCUUCUUGCGUAUGAUGAUUCGCAUCCUCAUCGUUAUCUGGCCGGUCUCUUGGGCAAUCCUCCUCCCUAUCACCUCUGUUGGCACGUCAGUCAGUAACGACGGCUUGACCAAGUUCACUUUCGGCAAUAUUGCACCCAACGUCCAGUCACGGUACUGGGCUCAUCUCGUCUGCGCAUGGGCCUUCACUUGGUGGAUCAUGUGGAACCUCAAGCACGAGUACGCGCACUUUAUCAGCGUCCGCCAGCAUUUCCUCGUCAGUCCAGCGCACUCGUCUACUGCUCAAGCACGCACCGUUCUGGUCACCGGCAUUCCGCCCAAAUACCUCUCCGAGUCAGCUAUGACUAAGCUCUUUGCGCAUCUCCCUGGCGGUGUCGAGCGCGUCUGGCUGAACCGCGAUCUUGGCGACAUUCCCGACCUCUAUAAUCGCAACCUUGCCGCUUGCAAGAAGCUCGAGUCGGCGGAGACUAAGAUCAUCAACCUCGCGACCAAGAACUAUGGCAAGCGCACCAAGAAGGCUGCCAAGUCCAAGAAGAGCGAGAAUGAGUCCACCACCGGCCUUACCAAGCCCAACAGUUCCGACCCCGAGGCUCUGCGUGCUCUCGUUGACGAGCUUGUCCCGGCUAAGAAGCGCCCCUCUCACCGCCUCAAGCCCUCUUGGGCACCUUUUGGGAUCCCCUUCAUGGGCAAGAAGGUCGACACGAUCGAGUGGGCACGCGAGGAGAUACGCGUCACGAACGAGGAGCUCAAGGAGAAGCGCGCUGUUUUGGCGAAGGAUGUUCAGUAUACGACCGAGCACGGCUCUUCGGCCGUUCACCGCACCAUCGGCGUCGCCGGUCGCGAAGUCAACGUUCCGCAGGUUCACGUUCCCGGCAUCAAGGCGAUGAAGUGGGAGGAUCAGACGUAUCCGCCCGUCAACGGCGCGUUCAUCCUGUUCCACAAGCAGAUUGCCGCGCACAUGGCCGUCCAGACCCUCAGUCAUCAUGCACCCUACCGUAUGUCGCGCGAGAACAAGUCGCUCGAGGUCGAACCCGAUGAUAUUAUCUGGGAUAACCUUGGAAUGAACCCAUACGAGCGCAAGGUUCGGACUGCUAUCAGCUGGGCCGCAACGCUCGGUCUCAUCAUCUUCUGGAGUAUCCCUGUUGCCUUCGUCGGUACGAUCUCGAACAUCCAGGCGCUCUGCACGACCUACUCCUGGCUUGCGUGGCUGUGCGAUCUUCCGAAGGUCGUCAUUGGUCUCAUCCAGGGUGUCCUCCCCUCCGUCUUGCUUGCCGUAUUGUUCAUGUUGCUGCCUAUCGUCCUUCGUCUUCUCGCACGCUUCGAGGGCGUCCCUCAGCGUACGGGCGUCGAACUCUCCCUGAUGGACCGCUUCUUCAUCUUCGAAGUCCUUCACGGUUUCCUCAUCGUGACGCUCUCGUCCGGUCUCAUCAAGUCUGCGCCACAACUCAUCAAGGACCCGACCGGUGUGCCAUCCAUCUUGGCGCACAAUUUGCCCGGUGCUUCGACGUUCUUCCUCACCUACGUAAUCCUGCAAGGCCUGUCGGGUACGGCUGGCGGCUUCCUGCGCAUCGCCUCCCUGGUUCUCUACUACGUCAAGUUGUACAUUCUGGGUUCUACUCCCCGCUCGGUCUACAAGAUCAAGUAUUCGCCCGUCGUGUCGAAAUGGGGAACGCUCUUCCCGCAGACCUCGCUCAUCGUCGUUAUCACUCUUGGCUAUAUGGUCAUCUCACCCAUCAUCAACGGUCUCGCCUGGGCGGCGUUCGUUCUCUUCUACUUCCUGUACAAGUACCUUUACACCUGGGUCAACGACCAGCCAGCAACAAGUGACACCGGAGGUCUCUUCUUCCCUAAGGCGCUUCAACAGGUCUUCGUCGGCCUUUAUAUCCAGCAGGUCUGCCUCUGCGCGCUGUUCUUCCUGGCGCAGGAUGGCAACAAGAAGGCAAGCGCUAUCCCGGAGGGUGCGCUCAUGGUCGUCCUCAUCGUUUUCACGGCGUUCUACAACUACAUUCUCAACAACUCCUUCCGCCCGCUUAUCAACUUUAUUCCGCUCUCGAUCGCGGACCGCUCCUACGACCCCGACAACGCCUCUCCCGAGGAGGCCCGGGAGGCCGCAGAAGCAAAUGGCUUGACGGAAGCCGCUAAGGCCGAACACGACAUCCGCUCGAAGGACUACGCUAACGGCUCACCGCGCGUCAAUGGCUCCGUCGCAUCCGGCAAGAGGAAGGAUAGUGUAUCCAUCUCGUCCCCGCAGACCGCGAACAAAGUGCCGACGACCAGCGCCGAUGCCGAUGCCGCCGAGCGCGGCUCCUUUACCAACUCUCGCGCGUCGUCGCCUUCCCCUUCGGCGCAACCCGUCGAUCACGAAGCCAUUGCCAACGGUGUCGACUUCACGCAUCCUGCCGCUGUCGAGCCUCAGCAGACCAUCUGGCUGCCGCGUGAUCCGCUUGGACUUGCGCUCGAGGCCGAGCGCUCCAUCCGCGCGGACGGCAUCGACGUCACGACCGAGGGCGCUGUCAUGGAUGCUAAAGGUCAUGUCGACGUCAGCGCCGCCCCGCCUGAGGAGUCCCGCAAGAGCUCCGACUAUGCUCGCGCCCGUAGUCUCGACUUCGAUGACGAGGAGGAAGAACAGGUCCAAGGACGCGGAUGGGGCUUGCAUGACGGUCCUCACCGGUCGCCUGUGCCGCCUCAGCCUCCUCACGCUCGCCAUGUUGAGCGCACGAUGUCGUGA